AUGCGGCCUCUGACUUUUUCCUCGUUUGCCAACAUCCUUCCCUCUUACAAUUUUUGCUCCGCCAUUGUUUUGCUUUGGUUUCUAAACAACGUCUGCCUCUUAUCCAAGAGCCCCAGAUCCCACCAUCCCUCUAUCCGUUCCAGCAGCGUCUUGCGCCGCGACCCCGUUCGUGCCGGAGCGACGGCGGCCGCAUCCAGCUGCCUAGGCGUGCCGGGGACAGCACUAGCCGUUAGCACGGGCACCGGCGGCAUGGGUGGUAGCGAGGUGAGCGGCUCGGGCAUUGGCCGAGGCGCACGCUUCGCCGUCGACCUCUUUGUUCUCUUCAUUCCUGCUGCUGCUGCCGUGGAAGGCGGCGGCGGCGGCGAGACGAUUGGAUGGCGGUGA